AUGGCGCAGUGGCAGGAGCUGCAGGGCCUGGACGCGGCGUCGCUGGAGCGGCUGCACCAGCUGUACAGCGGCGCCGCGCUGCCCAUGGAGGCGCGCCAGUGCCUGGCCGCCUGGAUCGAGGACCAGAACUGGGACUGGGGGGCCGCCUUCGAGGAGAGCCCGGAGACGCUGGCCAACGCGGUGGCCAACCUGCUGCAGGAGGAGCAGCGCAUCCUGCGCCAGGCGCACGCGGCGGCGCAGAGGGAGCCGGCGGCAGCGCCCAGCACCCCUCCGCAGAGCGACCGGCACCAGGAGAUCCAGCGGCGCCUGGCCGAGUUCCAGGCGGCCCUGCAGGACGCCGACCGCACCUUCCGCCACCUGGAAGACGCGCAGGAGAUGUUUGACUUCUGCUACAAGGUGCACUACCACCCGGGCGAGGCCCGGCCCAACGACCCCGAGUACGUGAAGCAGCUGCAGAGCCUGCAGGCCAAGCUGCAGAAGCUGGACCGCAGCCGCAAGGACAUGCUGGCGCAGAUGCAGCAGCUGCUGGGGCGCAGCGAGACCCUGCGGGACUUCGUGCAGCAGGAGCUGGGCGGCUGGCGCGAGCGGCAGCGCGGCGCCUGCCUGGGGGCGCCCGUCGACACCGGCCUGCAGCAGCUGCAGGGCUGGUUCACGGCGCUGGGCGAGGGGCUCUUCCAGCUGCUGCAGCUGCUGCGGGCGCUGGGCGAGCUGCGCCUCAAGGUCACCUACGAGGGGGACCCGCUGCAGACGGAGCCGCCGCUGCUGGAGACGCGGCUGCGGGAGCUGCUCACCUACCUGCUGCAGAGCGCCUUCGUGGUGGAGCUGCAGCCCUGCAUGCCGGCCUGCAGCAAGCGGCCGCUCGUGCUGCGCACGGCCAGCAAGUUCUCGGUGCGCGCGCGGCUCCUCGUGCGCCUGCACGAGCGCAGCCACCCCAUGGAGGUCAAGAUCCACAUCGACAGGGACCCCCCCAAGAUCCGAGGCUUCCGCAGGUUCAACAUCCUGACAUUCAACAGCAAAACGCUGGCGGUGGGCGACAGCCCCCAGGACGGGCUGGUCUGCGACUUCCAGCACCUGACGCUGAAGGAGCAGAAAGCCAGCGGGUCGGGCAAGGGCAGCAAAGGCCUCGGCGAGGGUCCCCUGGCCGUGACCGAGGAGCUGCACAUCAUCACCUUCACACUGGCCUAUGCCUACCGCGGGCUGGAGCUCGAGCUGGAGACCUCCACGCUGCCCGUCGUCAUCAUCUCCAACAACAACCAGCUCUCCAGUGCCUGGGCCUCCGUGCUCUGGUUCAACAUGCUCAGCGCCGACCCCAAGAACCAGCUGUUCUUCGCGGCGCCGCCGCCGGCGCCCUGGCCGCGCCUGGCCGAGGUGCUGAGCUGGCAGUUCGAGAGCGCGGCCGAGCGCGGGCUGGCCCGGGAGCACCUGCACAUGCUGGCCAGGAAGCUCUUUGGCUCCAAGCCGUCCCCGGAGAGCACCCUGGCCUGGCACAAGUUCUCCAAGGACGGCGCCUCCGGCUUCUCCUUCUGGGCCUGGCUGGACGGGAUCCUGGGGCUGCUGCAGGAGCACCUCAAGCAGCUCUGGAAGGAGGGCCUCAUCCUGGGCUUCGUGAGCCGCAAGCAGGAGGAGAAGCUGCUCCGGGGGAAGCGCACGGGCACCUUUCUGAUCCGCUUCAGCGAGAGCGUCCUGGGCGGCGUCACCUUCAGCUGGGUGGAGCAUCCCGAGAGCGGGCCACCCACCUUCCAGGCCGUGGAGCCCUACACGGCCACCGAGCUGGCAGCCCUGGCGCUGCCCGACAUCAUCCACGACUACCAGCUGCUGGUGGAGGAGAACAUCCCCGAGAACCCGCUGCGCUUCCUCUACCCGGACCGGGACCGCGACGAGGCCUUCGGGCCCCACUACAGCCAGCGGCAGGCAGGGAGCCUCACGGGGAAGAAGGAGUAUCUGAACCAGCGCCUCAUCCGCGUGUCCUCCAGGCGCGUGAACGAGGAGCUGGCGGCCGCCACGCAGGACCUGGAGACGCUGCGGCUGCAGCCGUGGGAGCCGGCGGCGCUGCAGGCGGUGCCCUGCAGCCCGGGGACGCCGGGGCCCGCGCGCCCGGAGCCGCCGCUGCAGGUGGGAACGGGGGUCCCCGAGCUGCUGCCGCCGGCGCCUGGGGCCGCGGAACCGGCGCUGGUGCUGCAGCUGGUCCCCAAGGGCCAGGAGCACGUGCCGGUGGCACCCGACAGCUUGUGGAUGCUGCAAGUGCUGCCUGAGAGCCUGGAGCCGCUGCAGCCGCCGCCGGGGCUCCAGGGGCUGCAGCAAGUGGCACCUGGGGACCAAGUGACGCUGAAGCUGGAGCCCGGGCCUGUGGAGCCCCAGCUGGUGCUGCAGCCGCUUUCCGAGGGCCAGGGGACGCUGCAGGUGGCACCUGGGGGCCUGGGGACGCUGCAGCCGGCGCUGGGGGGCCUGGGGACACAGCACGUGGCACCAGGGGACCAAGGGACGUCGCAGCCGGGCUCAGGAGCCCUGGAGCCGCCACUGAACUUGCAGCUGCUCCCCGGGGAGCAGAGGCCGCUGCAGGUGGCCCCGGGGGAGCUGGAGCUGCUGGCAGCGGAGGAGCUGGACCUGCAGAAGCUGCUGGAGGCGCUGGAGCCGGCCGACAGGGCGCUGGACGCGCUGGAGCCCGCGGAGCUGGAGCCAGCAGAGCUGGAGCCCGCGGAGCUGGAGCCCGGGCUGCUGGGGCGGCUCGGCCCCGGGGCGGCCUGUGAGUGUCGAGAGCCGCGGGCCGGGCGGGCUGCAGCGGCCGCCCCGCCGGGCGCUGACCGGCCCCGUCCCGCAGGCUCCGCGGCGCUCCUGGGCCGCCGGGACCCCUUCCUGCCGCAGGCCGAGGCCCCCCUGCCCGUCGUGAGCUCCCUCUUCGCCGAGGCCGGUGACUUCCCCCCGCUGCACAUUGACCCGCAGGACUUCCAGUGA